UACGAAUGUUUCCAUUCUGAAUGUGGCAUUUUGUAUACCCGGAGUGCAGAAGGAUUAUCAUAGCACAGACAGAAUACUGCGCUCAUUGACUGGAAAUCUUCAUUUUAUUAACUUCAUUUAUUAUCCCAAAAUUAUAUUAAACCUAUUAUAACAUUGAGAUAUAAUAACUGCAUAUCUGUUAUUGCCGCCCCUGUAAUAAACGGUCCGGUCUUCUGUCUAUGAUCUCAUCCCCGCCUAGAUGAUAGGAGGAGAGAGAGGAGGGACGUAAACAUAUUACACAGAGCACUAUUCAGUAAAUCUACGGUUCUCUUGUGUCUGUCUUCGCGAGUGAUCAUCUGAAAUGGCAACCAGUGUAAAGAGGCCGUCCCUGAGUCCGGUCCCUCCCCCCAGGAAGAAGUCCAACCCCAAGUCAGAGCUCACUGAGGAGCUGAAACAGGAGAUCAGAGAGGCCUUUGAACUGUUCGACACCGACGCCUCCGGAUACAUCGAUGUCAAGGAGCUAAAGGUUGCUAUGAGGGCGCUGGGGUUUGAGCCGAAGAAAGAGGAGAUUAAGAGGAUGAUAACGGAGGUGGAUAAGGACGAAACAGGAAAGAUCUCCUUCUCUGAUUUCCUCACCAUCAUGACUCAGAAGAUGGCUGAGAAGGAUUCUAAGGAGGAGAUCCUGAAAGCGUUCCGUCUGUUUGAUGAUGAUGAGACGGGGAAGAUCUCCUUCAGGAACCUGAAGAGGGUCGCUAAGGAACUGGGAGAAAGCCUGACUGACGAGGAACUGCAGGAGAUGAUCGAGGAGGCAGACAGGGAUGGAGACGGAGAGGUGAACCAGGGAGAGUUCCUCCGCAUCAUGAAGAAGACCAGCCUGUACUGAGACUAGACCCGGGUGUUGUGGGGUGGAGGGUGAUGUUGGGGACAUACACGGGCAGAGGAGACUAUGGUUUGGUUUUACAUGUUAUGUACUAGUCAAGUCAUUACUCAGUUAUCCAGGCCUGUCCUAGUUUAAUUAGACAACUUCCUUUUCUUGUCUCCUUGCUGUCACGACCUUUCAUCAGUUAGAUGUUCUUUAUAGCUCUUCUCUUUCUUUUAGUUAGAAUGCUGGUAAAGUCCCAAAACAGUGCUUUCAUCUAUCAAUACCCUGUUUCACAUUUCAUAUGUGUCAUCGUGAAGGUUAAUGGGACAAGGGAAGGAAGCUCUUUAGGACUCCUAAUGGUCUAUCCCUAGACAUUCCCUCCAACACUCACCUCCUCUACCCCUAGUCACCCCUUCCCCUCCAUCACUCACCUCCUCUACCCCUAGUCAGCCCUUCCCCUCCAUCACUCACCUCCUCUACCCCUAGUCACCCCUUCCCCUCCAACACUCACCUCCUCUACCCCUAGUCACCCCUUCCCCUCCAACACUCACCUCCUCUACCCCUAGUCACCCCUUCCCCUCCAACACUCACCUCCUCUACCCCUAGUCAGCCCUUCCCCUCCAUCACUCACCUCCUCUACCCCUAGUCACCCCUUCCCCUCCAACACUCACCUCCUCUACCCCUAGUCACCCCUUCCCCUCCAACACUCACCUCCUCUACCCCUAGUCACCCCUUCCCCUCCAACACCCCACCCCCUCUACCCCUAGUCACCCUCUCCCUCCAACACCCCCCCCUCUACCCCUAGUCACCCUCUCCCCUCCAACACCCCCCUCCUAUACCCCUAGUCACCCCUCCCCUCCAACACCCCCUCCUCUACCCCUUGGCACCCCCCCCCUCCAACAUCAACCUUAUAACUCUAAUGUAAAGUGAAUGUUGUGACUGUAUUUUUCUUCUUCGUAUUGUUGUAUUUUUGUCUCUUUGAAUUAUCUACAGUAUGAUCUUCUGUAUUGAAUGUUUUGUACGUAUAAACUGCAUGUGCAGAUAUAUAUUGAUAUUUAAGAUAUUCAUUAAUGAAA